UCACUCAUGCUGUGUGCCAUUCCCUCUCUCUCCCGUCUUACACUUCCUUAAAGUGGCCAGAGCUCCUCUUCUAUCCUCUCCACAUCCUGUCCUGUACAGAUUUGUAUCCAUUUUUGACUAAUUCUCAGGUCACUUUUUUUUUUAAUCCUGAACUUUUUCUUUAGCAGUUUUUCAGUUUUCUUUUUAAUUUCUUAUCAUUUAAAAAAAAAAAAAUUUUUUUAUUUGGAGGCUGGUCCCUUCUCUUUCCGGUGUAGAACCCCGUACUGUACAAGAUCUCUCUGAUUUGAGUCUCCCAACGGUUUUUGGCAGGAGGAAAAAGUGCUUAGAAGAAUUUCCCACCACAAUGAAAGUUCAGCUGCUGCUCCUCUUGGCCCUGGCCGGCCCUCUCUGCUCCUUCACACGUGCAAGUCCUACGACAGUCACCUCAUACUACUCUUUGGUAACAAAGGAAACAGAAGAAACAAUCGUCACCGGUCCUUCUCCCACCGACCCACAAGUUGCCCCUCAAGAUGUAGUGCUCAGUACUACUGAAAAGGAGGCCAACACCGAUGUCCCUACUACAGAAUCAAAUCAGAUCCUCGAUACAACUACCGUGGAAGUAACCGGAGCUCCCACCGUGCACACUUCAGCCUCCGCUGAGACGACUUCACCUCCUCCCGAGACCACUGCAGCCCCCGCUUUCGAAACCAGCGUCCCCGAGGAGACCAGUAGCCCCUUCAUUCACGAGACCGUAGCACCCAUCACGAGUGCGGACGCAACUGCGGGGACCGACAAUGGCAGCGCAGGUGUAACGGUGGAAACUGAAGAGAGCCUGAGCACCGGACAAAUAGUGGGAAUUGUGAUUGGUGCCAUCGUGGCCGUGGUAAUUGUCAUCGCUGUUGUGAUAGCAGUGUUGAGGAGGAUGGGCAAAUACUCGUCUACCAAGAGCAGAAAACCUGCAAAAAAAGACAGCGUUGUUGUCUCUCCCUUGAAGAAAAAGUCAACCAAGCAGCAGGAGCGAGGAAAGUUCUGGAAAUCCUAAACUACUGAACUGUGACUUUGAGUUUGAUAAUUAAAACGAGCACAAUGCCAGAACUAAACUAAUCUAACCUGGACUUGAAAUGAUGCCAAACCAAGGGGUGCAGUGAGGGUCGAGUGUUUUGUUGUGUGUGUAUAUACAGUGUGUACUGUAGCGUGUGUGAGACAAGAGGGGGUGCACAAGUCAACAUCUUCGUUUUCCCCUGCUUACCUCCCCAAAAAAGCUCUCUCUUCCCUCGUGUUCCUGAAGUGAAGGGAAAAAAAAACAAAAAAACAAGGGGACAGCAAAUUCUUUUGUUGUGCUUUUUGGAAAGCAUUUUGUUGAUUGAGUAAACAAACAAUCUGACACCAUGAAGAAGGCAUUGCUCUCCAUUAAAGGGAAGUAGGUAAGCAAAAUUACUGUUUAACUGAGAAGUCAACGCAAUGGAGAAAUGUAUCAAAUACAAAAGGGGGAUGGGAGGGUAGGAAAUAGAAAAUACUGUUGCAAAUCCACAGGAUGUAUGUAUAUAUAUAUGUAUAUAUAUAUAUAUAUUGAAUUCAUUGGCACUACAUAGGAUAGAGCGAGCAACUUUCUCAUUUUCUUGCAGUUGCAUAGGCUAGAAUUUGGCAAUAUUCAGUAUACAGUAUGAACAAAUCAUAGGAUGGUUUUGUACAGUGCCUCAAAAAGCAUUACGCCCCAUUACAGUUUUUUUUUCUUUUGCUUUUUUUUUUGCACUUAAACGUUGCAAUAAAUGGCAGUUAGUUGCUGCUAGACAAAAAAAAUGUUGCAGAAUUGUUUUAGUUUAGCCCUGUUGGAGGGUUGCUUUAAAGUAAGCAAGCUGUUUAAGGUCAUUCCACUGCGCACCAAUUUUACUAAAAUCUGGACUUUGACAUUGCCACUCCAAAGCCUUUUUAUUUUAUUAGGCAUUGAAAGGUAGACUUGCUCAAAUGCUUGCAUAAACCAGGCUGCUUAAGUUCAGUCACGGCCAGUCAUCAGUCAUUUUGGGAAAUUUCAAAGGACCUCUUCACGUCUCUUUUGCUCAGCAGUGGUUUUUACUAUUAAAGACACUUUUGCCCACUUUCUUUACUAUUUCCGAAUCAUGAACUCUGACUUUAAGUGAGGCAAGUGAGGUCUGCAGUGCUUUAGAUGUUAUUCUGUGUUCUUUUGUGCCAUCCUGGAUGGAGUCAUUGAUGCCCUCUUGGAGUAAUUCUAGUGGCGAAGCCACUCCUGGAGAAGUUCACCACUGUGCCAUGUUUCUUGUUUUUUUUUUAGCAUCCCAUAUGUUGUCAGGCAGGUUUUAUUUAAGCAAUUUAUUGAUUCUAUAUUCCUGGCUGUAUUGAGGCCUGGAUGUGACUUGGAAAAUUAAACUCUGUGGUUUUCACAAACCACAGAUAAGUUGUGAUUUACCAGGGUUAGUGACCAUGUUUUUGUGUACGAUUGGGUUGGUUUGGAUAGUUUAUUUUCCCUCAAUAAAUACAAAAAAUAAUCAUAAGGGGACUGAUUUUUGUAAUCACUCACUUUAUGCUAUAUAUUUUUUGAAAACAUCAAACGUUUGAACGUAACAAAAACUGCAAGGACAGAAGAAACCUGUAAUGGGGCGAAUACUUUUUCACUGUAGUGAAGUCAUUCUGGAGCACCAGUUAGAACAACAGUUUCCCGUGAGGCCAAAAUACCUGACACCUCAGCCAAUUGCAUGAAGCACAGCGUGCAGAGCUUGUCCUGACCAUGGGCGUCCUUUCUGAGGAUGAGCGCAGCAGAAACAGCAGCCCUCGUUUGCAGGACCACCGUGACAUUCUGCCCACUUUAACACUGACACAUUAAAACCUAAUACAAAUCUGUGAAAUUUAGCAGAAGGGUUUGUGCCACUGUUUCUGGUAUUCUCUCGCUAGCGCAGAGGAUUUCAAAGUUUUGAAGUGUGCUACGAGUGUGUCUUGAAAGGACUUCUUCAGCUGGCCCCUGCUCUACUUCGGGUCUCUGUGCCGCCAUAGGUUGCUAGACGUGAUAUAAGUAUUAGCUUAACAGUGUAUUCUUCUGUUUAUGUUACUAGAACAACCGUCCAGUUGUUAACUGCAUAUUGCACACAGGAUAACAUUUCAUAGCUGCACUUAGUUUUAGUGCUCAGUGUUAAGCAGGCAUUUUUUUGAUAUUGUGUUCCAGCUGUAAUUGUGCUAAUUGGAUGUAUAAAUACUCUUAUCUUACCCUGCCUGCUUUUAAAACUUGUUUAAUAUGUGCACUGAACAAGAGGAGUAAUGUUUAAUGAUUUAGACUUUAGACACUGCAAAUGUUUGCAAUGAUCCAUUUCUUUUGCUUUGACAUGAUGUCGUCCAUUUGUGCCAUGUGUUUCAUGCAAACCUCUUAUUUAAUUGCAGUGUUUUUGUUCAUACAGUUUCAAUAAAACAAGAAACAUUUCA